AUGCUACAAUUGAAAUUCAUAAGGCCGGUGGCCAGGAUGACACCUAUAUUUAGGCCACUUACCCAUUAUUCCUUCAGAACUUUAACUACGACGUCAAAAAUUGCGAACACAGAAUCUGAGAGCCCUCGUCCAGAUACGACCCCACUAAAACUAUCAAAUGAAUUGUAUGCAGUGUUCAGGAUUCAUAAUCGCCCAUAUUUAGUGACAGAGGGUGACCGGGUUAUUCUUCCAUUCAAAUUGAAACAAGCAGAAGUAGGUGAUGUACUAAAUAUGACCGAUGUAACGACUAUAGGUUCCCGCAACUACAAACUCGUUGAUCAUCCGAUUGAUACUUCGCUGUAUACUCUAAAAGCAACUGUUGUGGAGAAGACUAAGAGAGCCUUUCAAAGUAGGGAGGUAACGAAGAGGAGAAAUAGGCGAGUUCGUCAUGCCAACAGCAAAGGUGAUCUGACAAUUUUGAGGGUAUCCGAACUGAGUAUAAAUUGA